AUGUAUUUGGCAGCUCGCUGUCCCUGUCAGCACAGGAUCCCAGCGGAAGCCAGAGCUGGGAGGGCUCUUCCUGCCCGGGGGGGGGGAGGCCUUCCCAGGAGUGCAAGGGAUUUACUAAUCGCCACCUUUCACUCCCUCAUCCCUCUCUGUGUCCCACUGAAGGCCAUGUGCAGAGGCAAGCUGCAGACAGGUCUGCUGGUGGCUGGCUACUUUGUGUACCUGCUGGUGGGUGCCGCGGUGUUCCAGGCACUGGAGAGGACCGCGGAGAAGCAGGAGAAAAUGGCAGCCGCCCAGAUGAAGGAGGCUUUUCUGCAGAGCUUCAGGCAGCUCACGGUGGUGGAGAUGGAGCAGUUCAUGAAGAACCUGACCGAAGCCAUUCAAAAUGGAGUAUACCCUGUUGGAAAUGAAUCACGGUUUGAAGAGAGCAACUGGGAUUUCAGUAACUCCUUCUUCUUUGCAGGCACAGUUGUCUCCACAAUAGGCUAUGGCACGUUACAUCCUAGAACUGUUGGGGGACAGAUCUUCUGUGUGUUUUUUGCUCUCUUUGGAAUCCCUCUCAACAUUGUUUUUCUGCACCGUGUUGGUAAGAUGCUCUCACUGCUGUGUAAAAAGCUGGGGAAAUUCCUGUACGAGAAAGGAAUGAGAAAGAAGAAGAUCAAAUUUCUGACCCUUUUGUUCUUCCUGGCAACGGGGAUCCUAGUUUUUCUGUGCUUGCCAUCAGUCUUCUUCCAGAUAACAGAGGGCUGGUCCUACAGCGAAGGAAUUUACUUUGCAUUUAUCACCCUCAGCACCAUUGGCUUUGGAGAUUAUGUAGUAGGCAAACAGUCUGGCAGGAAUUACUUUUCCUACUAUCGAGUGCUGGUGGCCAUUUGGAUUCUUUUCGGCCUUGCCUGGAUUGCUCUGCUGUUUAAUUUAUUGACAACGGUACUAGAAGAUACUGAAAAAAUAAUUGUCAAGGAUCUCCAGCAAAUUGGAAAGGUGAGUAAGGACAAUGGAGCAAGCCAACAAAGAAGAUGCUGGCCUGUUCAGUUUAUUCCAGAAGAAGAACUACCACCACCAGGUGCUGGAGGGGAUGCACAGAAAAUGGAGUCAUUAACAGCAGAUUCUGAACACACAAAAAAUGAAAAAAAAUAGUUCUCUAAUAGAAAAACUAUUGCCAUAACAUAUAAGAGUUGAAUUCUUCAUCGGAGAGUUGAUAGUUAGUUAUUCUAAAGAAAAUCCCGUGGAAAUAAAAUUUUUCCUACCUUUUGCUGAGAUAUGACCUUUUAGAACUCAAGACUCAAAGUUGCACAAAGCCUGAAUAUUAAUGGUAAGAAAUUUGCUCCUCAAUUUGCAGCUGGGUUGUGGUAACAACCUGAGAAGUGCACUUGCUUUGCAAUGUGUUUUUAAGGUGCUUUCACAAAAAUGCAGAGGAGGGGCACGGUGGAGCUUGUUGGCUCUGUUUGGAUUUUGCUGCUUGCAAAAAAUCAUAUCUCUUCCAGGAACUGACAUGCACAAGCUUUUCUGAGGCAUUGCAUAGCACUUUUGGAAGAAGAAAUAAGGAUAUAUAUGAGAAAUAAAUAACUGAAUAGAUGCCUGAUUUGAGCCAUCAUGUUGGAUAAAGUGUUGUGGUCUGAAAGAUGUGUUUAAAUGGCAAGACCUGGGCUCAGUUCAGAGACAUCAGAAGCAUCUAAUGGACAGGGUUAUGGAAAGGUUAACAUGUUAGAAAUGAUUCAUUCUACCUCUUCCUGUUUUAUACUAAGUUGAA